AUGGUUCAGAAACAUUACGUAGAAGGGUACAACGCAUUCCUGGAAUUCUUCAAAACCUUCGAUAGCCAGGGUCAGAAGGUUCAUGUACUGUUUUCUAGUACUCCAGGACCUGAUGGAGACACCUUCUGUACUUAUUGCAAAAGAGCAUGGCCUGUUAUUGAUGAAGAACUAGAAAAGUCAGAUCCACAGUCACAUUUUGUAAAGGUAGCAGUGGGAGAUAAGCCAACGUGGAAAGAUCCAGAAUGUGGAUUCAGGAAGGAUCCCAAAACCAAAGUGAGAGUUUUACCAACAAUCGUUAGAUGGGGAGGUCCACAAAGAUUGGAAGGAGAACAAUGCUGGACUUUGUACUUCUUGAAUUCACCGGGCAGGACGGACGCUUUGUUUCUGGAGUGUCAAGGAGAUUGGAGUUGCACCUGCGUGAGGACAGGAGAGGAGUUGCUGAUAGAACUACUUCCAAAAACCUGGACAGACAGGAAAACAGCUGGAGAAGAGGAAAAAAAAACAAAAAAAAAAUUUUAUAACAAAAUUUCGAAUAUUGGGACAGAAAUCAUAGCAGGGAUAGAAAUCAUAGCAGAGUCAGAAAUCAAAGUAGAAAUAGAAUUCAGAGUAGAGCUAGAAAUCACAGUAGAGGUAGAAAUCAUAGUUGGGAUCGAAAUCCCAGUAGGGAGAGAAAUCCCAGUAGGGAGAGAAAUCCAAGUAGUGAUAGAAAUCCAAGUAGGGAUAGAAAUCCAAGUAAUCUGA